UACAGGUGGUGGGUUGGUUUCUAUAUGUGAUCCGACACGACUUAGUCCCACACUCAAAGGGAUCAGGCAGAGAGAAGAGGAAGCGAAGGGAUCCUGUACUCGCUAUUGAUGGGAAAACUGAGUUUAGGAUAGGGUCACACUAAGGAACGUUCCCAACAGAGAAACCAAAGAAGAGGAUCAAACAUUCUGCAGCAGGUGUUUUUGAACUUCCCUUCUGCACCCUCUUUCAUGUAAUAAGUGCUCUUGGCCCGAGCACAGUAUAGUAAAGUAUAAAGUAUAUAGUAAGUAUAGUGAAGUAUAUCUGGCCUGCCUAGUGCAAUUGGCCCCCGCCUACACUCUGCAGUUAAAUGCAGCUCCACCCCAGUGCUUGCAAAUGGCUUGCUGUCUGAAGGACGAGCUCCUGUGUUCCAUCUGCCUGAGUAUCUACCAGGAUCCAGUCAGCUUCGGCUGUGAGCACUACUUCUGCCGCAAGUGCAUCACCGAGCACUGGAGCAGGCAGGAGCCGCACGGGGCGCGAGACUGUCCGGAGUGCAGGAGGACCUUCGCCGACCCUCUGCUCUCCCCGAGCCUCAAGCUGUCCAACAUCGUGGAGCGCUACUCCGCCUUCCCGCUGGACGCCAUCCUGAACGCCCAGCGGAGCUCCUACCCCUGUAAGGACCACGAGAAGGUCAAGCUCUUCUGCCUGAGCGACAAGAGCCUGGUGUGCUUCUUCUGUGACGAGCCGGCGCUGCACGAGCAGCACCAAGUCACCACCAUUGACGAGGCCUACGAGGAGAUCCAGAGGGAGAUGAAGGAACAGCUGGCCACUCUGCAGGACAGUGAGAAGGGACACACUGAGGCCCUGCAGCUUCUCCAGAGACAACUCACAGAGACCAAGUCCUCGGCCAAGGGCCUGCGCGCCACCAUCGGCGAGGCGUUCGAGCGCCUCCAGCGGUUCCUGCGCGAGCGCCAGAAGAGCAUGCUGGAGGAGCUGGAGACGGACACGGCGCGCACGCUCGCCGACAUCGAGCGCAAGAUCCAGCGCUACAGCCAGCAGCUGCGCGACGUCAAGGAGGGCGUCCAGAUCUUGCAGGAGCGCCUCAACGAGACGGGACGCCACGACUUCCUGGAGGGCGUGGCCCUCACCUCCGAGAGGUGCUCCGCUUACUCUCUGCUCGCUUCCGCUGCUCUGGGACCAGCCCUCUGCCCCAGUCACAAGCCUUCGAUCAAGGGGAAGAUCCAUGAGACCAACCUGACCUACGAAGACUUCCCCACGUCCAAGUACAUGGGACCUCUCCAGUACACCAUCUGGAAGUCUCUCUUCCAAGACAUCUCGCCAGUCCCAGCCGCCCUAACCCUCGACCCCAUCACCGCCCACCAGCGCCUCAUCCUCUCCGACGACUGCACCAUCGUCGCCUACGGUAACCUGCACCCGCAGCCCCUCCAGGACUCGCCGCGGCGGUUCGACGUGGAGGUGUCGGUGCUGGGGGCCGAGGGCUUCGGCUCGGGGGUGCACUACUGGGAGGUGAUGGUGUCGGAGAAGACCCAGUGGAUGAUCGGCGUGGCCAAUGAAAGCGUGAGCCGCAAGGGCAGCAUCCAGAUCCAGCCCAGCAGGGGCUUCUACUGCAUCGUCAUGCACGACGGCAACCAGUACAGCGCCUGCACGGAGCCCUGGACCCGCCUCAACGUCAAGAGCAAGCUGGAGAAGGUGGGCGUCUACCUGGACUACCACAAGGGCCUGCUGGUCUUCUACAACGCCGACGACAUGUCCUGGCUGUACACCUACCGGGAGAAGUUCCCCGCCAAGCUCUACCCGUACUUCAGCCCCGGGCAGAGCCACGCCAACGGCAAGAACGUCCAGCCGCUGAGGAUCAACACCGUGCGGCUCUGAGGCGCGGCCGGGCGACAGAGGGCCGCGUCCACGCUAGAAGUUGACUUCGGAAGGACUUACGAGUCGUGUGAGGGGCUCCUGUUGAUCCACUGCUGGUCUCCCCAGACAAGCAGACAGACAGACUCGACCUUUUGUCUCCGCUGACAGACAGACGGAUGUUAGAGACUGUCUUCUGUGUCGUUGACUUGGCUGUGUGUGUGUGUGUGUGU